CAUAAUUUCAAACUUCGCAUAAACGAACAAGUAUUUUUCAAACGAUGAAUUGUUAUGGCAACAACAGAAUGCCAUGCUAAACAAACUUAUUGACAUGAAAAAAAUAGUAUAGUUCCGUAUUGAUGUUAGUCGUUUGUACGAGUUUCGGCUGUGCAAAAAUUAUUGGCCAACUUUUACUGGCCCUAUAUAAAUUUGCAAAAAACUAUUCUAUCUGUGGGCAAACCGGCCACUGCACUGCAAUCGCGACAUGUUCAAAAAUACUUUCCAAUCAGGAUUCCUAUCGAUUCUGUACAGUAUUGGCUCGAAGCCUCUGCAGUUGUGGGAUAAAAAAGUGCGUAAUGGGCACAUAAAACGAAUUACCGACAACGAUAUACAGAGCCUCGUUCUUGAAAUAGUUGGAACCAACGUCAGCACCACGUUUAUAACAUGUCCGGCCGACCCGAAGAAGACUCUGGGCAUCAAACUACCCUUCUUGGUGAUGAUCAUCAAGAACAUGAAGAAAUAUUUCACCUUUGAAGUUCAGGUUCUGGAUGAUAAAAACGUGCGGCGAAGGUUCAGGGCCAGUAACUAUCAGUCGACAACUCGUGUCAAGCCGUUUAUUUGCACCAUGCCCAUGCGAUUGGAUGAGGGGUGGAACCAGAUUCAAUUCAACUUGUCCGACUUCACCCGUCGUGCAUACGGCACUAACUAUGUGGAAACACUCCGUGUACAGAUCCAUGCAAACUGUCGCAUCAGACGCGUGUACUUCUCCGAUCGCCUCUACUCGGAGGACGAGCUACCGCCGGAGUUCAAGCUCUUCCUCCCCAUUCAGAAGCCAGUGCAAAAGUCCAAUGCUAUUUGUAGUUAAGCCUUUAAUGCUUCUGUAAGCGAAAAACGAGCACCUAUCACACGGAUUCGACGGUUACAACGGCACCAAAUGCACAAGACUGCCACCCAAAACUCAUUCAGUACUUUAUGGGAAUCACGAAUAAAAAUUCAUCAUGUACAUAAAAUGA